CGUCGGGCGGCUCGGAACGCCCUUUGUUUUCCUUCCCUACCACCCACGCUCAAAGGGGACGCACUCGACAUGAAAGAUCACUCGAAGGAGGAAGCGGAGGGCACUCCACCUCCUGUCGAUCUGGCUACAGCUCGCGAGCGCUGUGGCCAGCUCGAGUACGAAUGCACCGACGAAGCGUUCAUGGCUAAGCUUAUGUCCCCGAGAAAGCGACCCGGCGCGCUCUCCAAGGCUACGCACUUCUUUGAUAGCUGGCAAGAGUUUGAGGAGUGGAAGGCUGCCGAGGAAGUCCGAUUAGAUGUGACGUAUAUCAAGCGUACUACAUAUACGAGCACCAGGAAGGGCUCUCCUUGGAGACACACACUCUUCGUUUGUUCUCGUCAACGGGCGACGAGGCGGGCUCAAUAUCGCAGCCAACGCGCGGGAGCCCCCCACCAGAAUGUCGAGGGUAACUGCAAUGCGUCAAUCAACGUCAGGAUCUUUGACGAGGACUCUGCUGUUCAUGUUGCUUACGCGCCGUGCCACUCACAUGAUUCUCAUGAUAAUCGUGUUCGGCAGCGGAGAAGGAAGCGGCGCGCGCCUGACGAGUCUGCCUCUCCAUCGUCCUCUUGCGCCAGUCCUUCCUCUGCCAACGCUUCUUUGUCCAGAGAGCCAUCUUCCUCGCCCUCCGAUCAAGCGUUGACACUUGACCUGCCGCUGCCGGUAGAUACACGUUCUACUCACGAGCGUCUGCACGAGGCGGUCUCUCUCUUCGCCGAACUUUACGAGCGUGUACGAGGUUGCGCGGAUCCUUUGCCCAGCUUUGAAGUGCUGGAGGAUGCCUUGUCGCAACUUCAAGCAUCGACAACCGACCUCAUUCGUGACCCAUCGAUAUCACAUGUGUCUUCGCCGACCUCUACAGCCUCUCGAUCCCCGAGCGCCGGCGCCGAGGAAGUGGAUGAUCCUCUUCACCCGCACCCAUCAACGAUCACCGUUACGAACACGAUCUCCUCUAUGACUAUGAGCCAGCGCUGGAUGAAAGCCGCGCAGACUCUUGCUGUUAUUCGACAUCUUUCUACGCUUUCCGAACUCCCUGAUCCUGCUGUCACACUGCUUGAAGCAUCGCUAUUCCAACUGUUCCUCGAAUCUAUCGCUAUAUCCUCUCCCGAAGGUCCUGCGCAGACGGCCGCUGACCUUCAGCAUCUGGGCUCGCAACUGUCUGCCUGAAAAGUCUUUCUCAAACUCUUCCGCCUACUAAUAUCGUUGCUUUUCUUCCCUACUAUUCCCUUUGUCGCUUCGGUCUGCUUCUCUUUGUUUUAUCGCUUCCCAUCUAUACUCGCACCAUCUGUCUGACAUGGUUUCCUCGUUCUCCUCCUGAUUAUCUGCCCUAGUUACUUGUUUGAGGCCGAACCGCUAUCAAGUUCCUUCGCCCUGCUGCAAUAUGUAUCAUUGCAUCUAUCUCUGCUACAGUUUUCCACUUCCAUACCUUUGACGUUGCUUCAUCCUCCUCUGUCAUGCUUGCCAUAUCUAUCUCCACGACAAUGCACAAUAACUAAGUACCGCUUUGGGACCCGCGCAUAAUGAACGUAGCCAAAUCCGG